AGCUAUAUCUCUCUGCUCCUCAUACUAUCUCUCUCUAUCUCUCUAUUUCGAUCUAAAUCUCAAUCUCAACCAUGCAAGGGCUGAUAGAGGUGUUGUUUGAACCGCUGAUCAAGGGAUGGGCACCUAUGGUUUUCACCACCUUGGGUUUAAUGGCUGGGAUUUUGGUUUAUUUCUACGCACCCUAUUGGGGGGUGAGAAAGGUGCCUGGCCCUCCCACCACCCCUUUCUUGGGACACCUUCUCUUGCUGACUAAGUACGGUCCAGAUGUUUUCAGGGUCAUGGCCCAGAGAUAUGGUCCCAUUUUUAGGUUUCAUAUGGGAAGGCAACCACUUGUAAUAAUAGCAGAUCCAGAUCUGUGUAGAGAGGUGGGAAUAAAGAAAUUCAAAGAUGUGAGCAAUAGGAGCAUUCCUUCUCCAAUAUCUGCAUCUCAACUUCACCAGAAAGGUCUUUUCUUCACAAGGGGAGCGAGGUGGUCCACCAUGAGAAAUACCAUACUAUCUCUCUACCAACCUUCCCAUCUCUCUAACCAAAUCCCAACCAUGCAAUCCUUCAUAGAAUCUGCAUUUCUCAACCUCUCUGCUACCAAAGAAGAAGACAUCACUUUCUCUCACCUCUCCUUGAAAAUGGCCACAGACAUCAUAGGCCAAGCUGCUUUCGGUGUCGACUUUGGUCUAUCAAAAGACCGAUCCAUGGACUAUUCUAUCAACAGUGACGACAUCAAUGGUGAUGAUGAAGUUUCAGGCUUUCUCAAGCAACACAUCUACUCUACCACCUCUCUCAAGAUGGACUUAUCAGGCUCCAUCUCCAUCAUACUAGGCCUAGUGUUGCCAAUCCUGCAAGAGCCCAUAAGGCAACUCCUUAGGUGGGUCCCAUGGACCGCCGAUCACAAAAUAGAUCGGACGAACAAGAAUCUGACCUACCGGCUCGAUGGGAUUGUCGCGAAGAGAAUGAAAACUAAGGACCGUGGAUCGAAGAACUUCUUGUCAGCCAUAUUGAAUGCAAGGGAGUCAGAGGGAGUGUCGAGGGACGUUUUCACAUCUGAUUACAUAAGCGCGCUUGCUUACGAACAUCUCUUGGCGGGGUCCGCGACAACGUCAUUCACAUUGUCGUCAAUCGUCUAUUUGGUGUCUGGGCAUCCUCAAGUGGAGAAGAAGCUGGUUGAGGAAAUUGAUGGCUUUGGUCCACAUGAUCUUAUGCCGACCGCGGAUGAUCUCCAAUGCAAAUUCUCUUAUCUUGAUCAGGUGAUAAAAGAGGCGAUGCGGUUCUACACAGUGUCGCCGUUGGUUGCAAGGGAGACAUCUCAGCCAGUAGAAAUAGGAGGCUAUGUCCUCCCAAAGGGUACAUGGGUUUGGCUAGCAUUGGGAGUCCUAGCCAAAGAUCCUAAGCAUUUCCCAGAGCCAGACAAAUUCCGGCCAGAGAGAUUUGAUCCAGCAUUCGAUGAAGAGAAGCAACGACACCCUUAUGCCCACAUCCCAUUCGGGAUUGGGCCACGAGCAUGCAUCGGGAAGAAGUUUGCAUUACAAGAGCUCAAGCUCUGUCUCAUUCAUCUCUAUAGGAAGUACGUCUUCCGACACUCUCCUAACAUGGAAUCCCCUCUAGAGCUCGAUUAUGGCAUUGUUCUCAACUUCAAGCAUGGUGUAAAGCUCCAAGUUGUUAAGCGAGCGGUCUAGUUUCAUCAAAUCUCAAUACAAUCUCUGGAGUAACAAUGGUCGAUUUUGUAUUCAGCAAGACUCGCUCGCCAUGCAUAUUUCAUCAAUGUUUUGAAUUGAUGAUCAUAGGUUAUCAGUGUAAAUGCACUUUCACCUAA